AUGUCAAUAAGGGUCAUUUUAUAUUAUACAACUCUAUUUCUUGCAAUUGCUGCUGGAUCAUCAGCUGCUGCAGCAUUUGAAAAAAUAGUAUCAGUUUCUCCUUAUAUGAAGUCUUGUUGGCGUUUACAACUAACAGCUCUAUUUCAAUUUAUUCCAGGCUUCUUUGAAUGCUUUAACAAUUGGCAAGAAUCUAAACAGAUGAUAAUCAGAUUUUGGCCAGUCUCCAGAAUAUCUGGGAUUUGUCUUGCUGCUUUAUUUUGUCUGUGGUGUGUCAGCUUAAAUCUGACUUCUGUUUCACACUCUUUAUUAUUUUUAUCAGCAAGUCCUUUAGUUAUAGUCGCUAUUUUCUUUUUUAAGUGCGAAAAAAUUUCUGUUUUUGAAAUUUUAGGAGUUGCUGUAGGCUUUCUGUUAGAGGAAAGACUUAGGCUAGAUUCAGCUAUUUUUAUAAAACUCGCCCAUAAGGUCGAGGAGGGAGGGCGGAUUUCCGGCCCAUCUAAAUAAAUCCCUCCCUACUGUAGGCUUUUUGGGGCUUUCAGUGUGCAUUUUUGAAAGCAAAGGAAGUGAGAGUUCAAGCUGAUAUGGAGAUGCUCUAGCUUUUGGCUGUGCAAUUGCAUUGGCGAUUUAUAUUUUAAUUAACAAGACAGUUAUGACGAGUGAAGCUCCCUUAUGAACUUAUCUUGCUAUAGUAAAUUUGCAGGCAGCAAUAAUAUCUUAUAUAUGUGCUCUUAUUUCUGGAGAUGAGCCAAUUGCAGGAAUUCAAUGAAUUUAUACCGAUGAUUGACUUAUGGCUAUGUAUUUAGGUUUAAUCCCAGGGGCAUUGGGCAAUGCUGCUUUUACACAUCUCAUUAACUUCCUCCAUGAUUGACAAGAAAAAUCUCUAUGAGGGAGCAAUAUUUGUUUAAUAUAAACAUUUUUACCUUUGAUAUAUUACUAAUAAUUAUUAUAACUAAAACACUAUUUAGCUCUACUAGUUUUAAAGAUAAAUUGAUAAAUAAAGCUAUAAUUUUGUAUUAGUUUUAUAAAUUGUUUAGAAAAGCAAAGUUUAAUAUAAAUCUAUAUAAACAAUUUUUUGAAAAAAUAAAAAUUAGCAUAUCUGUGGAGGAAGGGGAGUAAGCAUAUACCAGCAUUGGUGAUAUCUGUAUUUAUGAAUUUUCAACCUUUAAUAGGAUCAUUUAUUGGGUGAUGUGUUGGGAUAGAAGGUAUUCCUUCAAUUUACACAUGAAUGGGAGGAAUUAUUGUAAUUAUUGGAAAUACCAUUGUUUCUAUAUCAUCUGCAAGGAAUAGGAAAACAGAUAAAAGGCAAUUGCUUAAGGGAAAAAAUGAAUUAGCAAUGCCUUUGGUAGAUUUUAAAUCUAUUAAAGUUUAA